AUGGAAGACACUGUGAAGAAAAUCAAGAUCGACGAGCCAAUCACUCCUACCAAGAAGAUCAAGACCGUCAAGCCAAUCACUCUUGCCAAAAACAUUGUUUAUAUCCCUAUUAAGUCUGUUUCUACAAGUAUUAUUGUUCCUGUUAAGUCUAUUUGUGAUCAUAGUCCUAUAGAGUCUGUUUCUAUUAAGUCUAUUGAGAACUCUUUUCCUUAUAAUAUGAUUUCUGAUUCUGCUUAUUUGUUGGCUUUGAAUGUUUUCAUUUCAAAAAUUGAUAAAGAUGGCUCCAGAAGAUAUGGAGAAAACCUCCUUCAUUACUUCAUGGGGGAAGUACUGCUACAAGGUUAUGACAUUUGCCUUAAGAAUGCUGGUGCUACUUACCAAUGUGUAGUUACUAUUCUGUUGCAUGAUUUAAUACACAAAGAAGUAGAAGUUUAUGUUGAUGACAUGAUAGUGAAGUCUAAAGACCGUGAAAGGCACAUAUCAGUUUUACGGAAGUUAUUUGAAAGAAUCCAAUUCUAUAAGUUGCAAUUGAAUCCAAAGAAGUGCACUUUUGGUGUAACAUUCGAAAAGCUGUUGGGAUUUAUGGUAAGUUAG